AUUUUUUCUUUUUUCUUCAUUAUUAUUUUUUUUUUUAUAGUUUUUCCUCACCAAAACGAAUUAAUUACAACCUUUCAUUCUAUUAAUGGGACACAUGUCCGAUCCAUCUCAUUCAUUCUAGGGGAUCUCUCUAACCCUAACGCCGCCCUAAUUGUUAUCGUUUUGUAUCCUCCCAACAACGGCUAUAUUCACCACCGCCCCCGCCCAACGGUACAUUUCUCUCACAAAAUUGAUUCAAGUGUUCCCGUUACAUCUUUCUAUCCUCCUCUCUCCUCAUUACGAUUAAGCUCUCACAUCCGCUUGAAAAGUUCUGGUUAGGGUUUCUCUCUCUCUAGAAUGAACAGUGGGAGCGAAGGCUUCAUCAGAAAGAAAGAGCUUUCGCAGUUGGCAAAACCACGCCGCUACCACCGGGAAAAAAUCACCGGAGAAAAUGACGAUGAUGAUGAGCAGUACUGUGAGAGCCCCUCCACCUCCUCCUUAAGCCGCCGGGCCAGUUUGGUUGAGAGGAAAUCGCUUCAUCCUGCUGUGGCGGCAUCCACCCCACCCGGAUGUCGUCUGCGCUGAUUCAGCGGCUGGGGAUUGGGAUUGGAAGGUCACGGCUCAGGUCGAGGGAUUUCAAGAACAUGUCCAUUUUCGCCACAAUUGACAAGUUUGUCAUAAGAGACAACAAAUCAAGUUUGGGGAACCUGGAGCGGAUGCUUGCCGGAAUUGAUUGGAACUUUAAUAGCUAUGGAGGCAUCAAUUAUUCAUGCGGCAAGGAAGAUUUUGGAAGUCGAGAGAGUUCCUAGGUUUCCUCACUCUAUGAUUCUUGAAGGUGGAGCCAUUCACGUAGAUGGAGAAGGGACUUGUCUUACUACCGAGGAGUGCCUCUUUAAUAAAAACAGGAACCCUCAUUUGACUAAAGAGCUAGUUGAGGAUGAACUUAAAGCAUAUCUUGGAGUCAAGAAGAUUAUUUGGUUGCCUCAUGGAUUAUUUGCAAUCAGUGAUCGGCCGGCGAGACAGCUGAUGGUGAUCGAAUCAGGUUCGCCUUUGCAAUGGUUGAUCCAAUUAAUUCCAAAUCGAGAUCGUACGACCUCGCUCUCAAAUUCGAUCCGCCCAAUUUCAAAGGUCACGGAAGAGACUGCUGGGGUUGUGGAGCGUUGGCUUGAGUCUGAAAGGGAUGCAGAGAGGUUUGGGGAGGUGAAUUGGGAUGUGGGUAAGGUGAGGGAAGAGGUUGUGAAGGGAGGAGGGGGUGGCAUGGACAAGGGUGGCUCGGAAAUGGGAAUUGGAGAGUUACGAGGAUGCAAAUGGAUGAAAUGGGUGUGUGCCUAUCGUGUGGAGAGAAGCUUGUUAGCAUUGAUAUUGAUCCUAAAGAGACUGAAAACUUCACUGCUUCAUUGA